UGAAGUCUCAUGGAUUGUUGGGAGUUUCUAGCAUGUUGCCAUGAAAAUCAGACAUCAUCUCAUCGCAUUUGGGAUUGGGACUAAACUCACCAUUCUCAUCUCAUAAAAAUUCUCUCUUUACAUUCGCUUUUAAAAAUUCUCUCUUCACAUUCGCUUUACUCUCUUCAUAAAAAUUCUCUUCUCCUCAAUCCAUUCAAAGCUUCAAACUUUUUCUCUCUUCUGCCUCCCUCGCAUCCCUCUUCACUCGCAAGUGGUGAAGAUGUCGACUCCGGCGAGGAAGAGACUGAUGAGGGAUUUUAAAAGAUUGCAACAAGAUCCUCCUGCUGGCAUCAGUGGGGCACCCCAAGACAAUAAUAUCAUGCUUUGGAAUGCUGUUAUCUUUGGACCAGAUGACACUCCUUGGGAUGGAGGUACGUUUAAGUUGACACUUCAGUUUGCAGAGGACUAUCCUAAUAAACCACCUACUGUGCGCUUUGUUUCUCGAAUGUUUCAUCCUAACAUUUAUGCGGAUGGCAGUAUAUGCUUGGACAUAUUGCAAAAUCAAUGGAGCCCUAUUUAUGAUGUUGCUGCUAUUCUUACCUCAAUCCAGUCACUGCUGUGUGAUCCAAACCCAAAUUCUCCAGCAAAUUCUGAAGCUGCUCGAAUGUUCAGUGAAAACAAGCGUGAAUACAACAGAAGAGUACGUGGGAUUGUUGAGCAGAGUUGGACUGCUGAUUAAUCAUCAUAUACAUAAGAUAAGACAGGGCCUCUGUGGCAACCAAAAGGUUGUCAAAAGGAUAUGAUUGAAUAAUCACGACUUCAAACAGAACCAUUAUGAUCUUCUAGUCCUAGACGAUGUGUUUGCUCAAACUUUAUAUGAAUUAAUGUUACUCCAUAUUUUCUCCAUGUUUUGGUUCAUUCGUGUCUUUGGUGACAACUUUAUUAUGAUUAUAAAAUUGGAUGGCGUAGCUAAUGGCGA